CAGAAACAUCAUAUACACACUCUAAUGGCCUCCAUGAAACUCAUCAUUCAUCUCCUCCGCCGCUACAUAUCCAUCGCCAUAUCUCUCUUCCAAAGCCUGGUCCUAUGUCUAUUCGAUAAUUUCGAUUACCCUAUCCUCAUCAAACUCGCGGACGCAUUAUUAUCUCUAUAUUUCAUAGCUUUCUGCGAUCUCCGCCCAGUCACAGUCGAUUUAAACGAUGGAGAAACCACCCUACAUUUCUGGAUCUCCGGCCACCGUAGAAUCAACCGCCCCGACCUCGUCAUGCUACACGGCUACGGAGGAAACUCCAAAUGGCAGUUUAUCCACCAGGUGUCGGAUCUCUCGAAAUCUUUCAACCUCUUCAUCCCCGACCUCGUCUUCUUCGGGAGAUCUCACUCGAGAAACGCCGACCGGACCAUCGAGUUUCAGGCCAGGAGCGUUGUCGGUGGGUUGAAGAGGCUGGGCUGCGAGGGCGGUUUGGCGGUUUACUCGAUCAGUUACGGAGGUUUCGUCGCGUACAGGAUCGCGAAGAUGUGGCCGGGGAUGAUCGAGAAAUUGGUGAUCGUGAGUAGUGGAGUGGGAUUCACGCAACAGCAGAAGAUGACGGAGAUGAAGAAACAUGGUGGUGAUGUUUCGGAGAUUCUUGUUCCGAGGAAGCCGCGUGAUCUUAGGGUGUUGGUUAGGCUUUCCAUGAAUACUGGGAUCGCGUUUAUUGAUUGGGUUCCAGACUUCAUCCUCUCCCAAUUCAUAACCGUGAUGUAUGAGACACAUCGGAAGGAACUUGUUGAGCUAGCCAAGAAUUUGCUGGAAAGAGAAGAAGAUGCAGAGUUCUAUGCAUUAUCACAGAAAACCUUAAUUAUUUGGGGUGAUAAGGAUGAGGUGUUCCCCUUGGAGCAUGGACGUCGCCUACAUAGGCAUUUGCCAAACUCCAGUUUAGAGAUAUUGAAGGACAUUGGACACGGUGUGAACAUUGAGGCACCAACUACUCUUAAUAAUUUAAUAACCUCUUUUGUUGUAGGUGGUUCCUGAUUUCUGUUUGCACAAACAUAGUAAAUUUAUAUAUAUGCUUGUUUUGAGAAAAUUACAUAUGCAGUAAAAGUAUCGACUACUUUUGAACUGGCG